AUAAGUGAGCGCAAAAUGACAUCCGCAGUUGUCGCAUUUCUCUUAUUGGAAGAAGAAAGUUCCGAGAAAGUUAAAAGAAAAAUUUUGAGAGAUUGCAGCAAUCCACUUGAGCUGCCUGAGACAGCUUUCAUAGCAUAUUAUCGCCUAAACAAAGAGGCUUUCCGAAUGGUGCUUGACACCACUGAAGGGCACUUGACACGUUCGAAAGUUCCACCAGUGCUGCAGUUAGCACCUUCGUUGCGAUUUUUAGCUGAAGGAUCCUAUCAAAGAUCAGUCGGGAACGACUCUAGCAUAAGUGUAGCUAGAAGCACGGUGUCAACGAUUUUAGAUGAUGUGCUUAAGGUUAUGGAGCGGUUCAUUUGCCCUCAGUGGGUGAAACUAGAAAUGGACGGCACCGAAAAACGCAGAUCAAGAGACUAUUUUUUCUUAAAGUACAAAAUUCCCUCAAUAAUUGGUUGCAUCGACGGGACACACAUAAAAAUCAUCAAGCCGAGUAUUGACGAACAUUUAUUUUAUAAUCGAAAUUGAUAUUUCAGUAUGAAUGCCAUGAUUGCAAAUUUGUGAUGGUCACAUGAAAAUUCGAGCGGUCGAUGCACGCUAUCCCGGCUCUAGCCAUGACUCAUUCGUAUGGAACGUUAGUAGCGCCAGACAAUAUUUCCUCAAGAAGUAUGAGUCAGUUGACCGGACAUCAAAGUUGUUAGGAGAUUGUGGAUAUGGCAUAGAACCUUUUUUAUUAACACCAUACAGAGAUCCACGCUACAACUCCAAAGAAUAUAAGUUCAAUUUGGCCCAUUCAUCGCUCGAAAUAUUGUGGAGCGAACAAUAGGAGUGCUGAAAAGCCGAUUUCGCUGCUUAUUGAUCACCUUGCACUAUCGGCCAGAAAAAGUGGUGAAAAUUAUAAAUGUUUGCUGUGCGCUGCACAAUAUCUGCAGAAACUACAACGUGGAAUAUAACGACGACAGUAUUACUUUACCAUCAAAUGAUACUGAUGAAAAUGUUGAAUCUCCACCGAACGGAACACUGCAAAGUGAAGGUAAAAGGAUGAGGGAUGAAAUAGCCAACAGUUUAUAGCAAACCAACUGAAUAAAAAUUCAAAUAUUUAUUUAUUAAAAAAUAAAAAACACAUAUUUAUUUAUUU